AUGCGAUUCGGAACCGAUGCACUCUUGGCCACAGUCCUGUUGACGGCCUCACAGGCCACAUCCAAUGUUAUCUUGCAUCGGAGCGACAGCUUGGAUGCCUGUGGUCAAAUUAAUCAACGCUUCAAGAAUAAUAACGGAUCUGCGGGUUUCCAGAUAACGGGCGAGCUGGGACUAGAAUGUUUACAAUCUAUGCCCUUCGAUUCAGAGCGAGCUGUCAGGUUUGUGAAAGAGUACCGCAAAUGGCUUCUUUUUCAAUCUGAUCUCGAGCUUCUAAAAAACCCUCCUGCAGGCUAUCAAAUGCCCCCCACCGACCUCAUCGGGAUCCUUGAUAACAUCGAGAAGAAGGCAGCGGAUAAUGGUUACGAGAGCCAAUAUGAAUUCGAUACCGCUAUACAAAAGAUGCUUAAAUCAGCUUUCGAUGGUCAUUUGGAUAUGCAAUUAUGCUCGACUACAAUCAUGGACUUUUCAAACAAUGUACCGCUCAUUUCGAUCUCAUCAAACGGGACCGCAAUUCCUGAAGUUUAUACGGUGAAGGAUGCCAAGGUACUGCAAACCCACAAAGACAAAGUUUCACCAGUCGUCUCGAUCAAUGGUGAAGAUGUGGAGUCGUACUUGGGAAAAAUCUCUCUGAGCGACAGCUCCCAGGACUAUGAUGCCCUGUACAACGCAGUUUUCCCAUCAAACCCAUAUAGUCUUGACGUGGAUGGUGGAUCUGCAUUUAAACAGGUCGGUCUCUUUAGCGAAAGCAUGGUCUGGACAGGAGCUUACCAUACCCUCCACUUUGCCAAUGGAACCUCGCAAGUGGUUGAUACUGUUGUGAAUAUUAACACAUGGAAGUGGAAGUCCGGCAAGGCUCUGUAUGAAACAUUCUGCAUUCCAUCCGAUUCUACUGCUGCUUCUUCCAAACGAUCUGUGAAGGCCUCAACAAAGGUUAACACCAAAAUCGUUGAUAAAUUCGCUCCAAAUAUCUCCAAACGCUCAAUGGUGCCAGCCCCAGAGGGCUAUCCAAAGCCGUCAUCUCGUACCAGCGAUAACUCAGCGCUCACCUUCUUCCCUGAAGAUUCACCCCUUGAGGAUACUGCAGUGCUUGCUAUUCCCAGCUUUGACCCUAAAGAUGUCGAAAGAUUCUAUAACGUGACACGCGACUUCGUUAAUACUGCUGCCAAGAAAAAUAAGAAGAAGGUCAUUAUUGAUCUCCAGGGUAAUGGUGGUGGGAGUAUUGCUGCGGGGUGGAAUACAUUCCGCUUGUUCUUCCCUGACCAGCCGCUCUAUUCCGCCAACCGUUUCCGUGCUACGGAGGGUGUUAACUUCAUGGGCGAGGCACUAUCUCGUCUUCCUGUCGACGACCUUGAAGGUAGCAUUUUGAGUUGGAAGGCUAGCGUAAAGCCCGACCAAAAGGAGGGCUUUGAUUCUUGGGCUGAUUUAUUUGGGCCUAAUGAGUUCCUUGGAAUGAACUCUUCCAGCUUAUUUGCUGUCAACUUAACUCUGCUAUCUUACCCUGACUACAAUGAUGGGAUGCCUGUCAGUGGCUAUGGUGAAAUGCCUCUGGACCCCAAGACCCAGUACUUCGACGCCGAGGAUAUUAUUCUGAUCACCGAUGGUACCUGCGCAUCGACAUGUACAAUUUUUACUGAGUUAAUGAAGGGCCAGGGUGUUCGUACCAUUGCCUUCGGUGGUCGUCCACAGGUCGGACCUAUGCAAGGAAUGGGUGGUAUCAAAGGUUCGAUGGUCUACGACAUCGCCGAAUUCGCAUCGGUGUUUAAAGAGGCCAAGAAGCUUGCAAACUCUUCAGCCUUGCUGUCUGAUGAGGAUCUCGAGAAAUGGGAUAAAUAUGUUCCUAUCCCUCUGGAUGAUUGGUCCUUCACAGUUGAAUCAGCCCGCGUGAACAUUAUAAAUGCCUUUGGCCCUGACAAUGACCAUGUCCCCCGGCAAUACAUCUACGAGGCUGCUGAGUGCCGUCGUUUCUUUACCUUUGACAAUACUUUGCAACAAGAGACUCUCUGGCAGGAUGCUGCUAAUGCUAUGUUCUAUGAUGGUGAGUGUGUGGAGGGAUCCACCAAUGCCACUGGAAGCCUUUACGCUACGCAGACCAAAUACUCAGGCCGCCAGAGACUCCUUGCUAUGAUAUUGGAACAUACACGGGAGUAA